AUGGCCUAUAGGGUAGAGAAGGUCCCUGACCGCCUGCCUGAAUCAGAUUCUGCCCCCUACCUGAGGCACUUCAUCAAGAACUUUGAGAUGAAACAUGGCCCAUUUCGGUCUAGUGCUAGUGGUCAGGCUAGUGGUCAGGCUAGUGGUCAGGCUAGUGGUCAGGCUAGUGGUCAGGCUAGUGGUCAGGCUAGUACUAGUGCUAGGGCUAGGGCUAAGGUCGAAACGGCUAGUGGAUUCCUUAUAUGA